AUGUUGCCAAAGGUUGAAAAUGUGAAAUUACUGGAUCGCUAUACAAAUAGGAAGGCAGCAAAUGGGACGUUAUACCUGACGGCUACGCACCUGAUCUAUGUAGAUGCUUCUGCUGAAGUCAGAAAAGAAACAUGGAUUUUGCAUCACCAUAUUGCAACUGUAGAAAAAUUGCCUCUGACCACGGCUGGAUAUCCACUCCUCAUUCACUGCAAGAACUUCCACAUGGCUCACUUUGUUAUUGGGCAGGAACGUGACUGUCACGAAGUGUAUACCUCCUUGCUUAAACUUUCACAACCAGUGAAACCUGAAGAACUUUAUGCUUUCUCUUAUAAUCCUAAAAUGUCUAAAGAGAACCGGGAGAUUGGAUGGAAGCUGAUUGAUUUAAAAGUAGAUUACCAGCGUAUGGGAAUUCCGAACGACUAUUGGGAAAUAACGGAUGUUAAUAAAGACUAUGAGGUUUGCAACACAUAUCCUCCAGAAAUAGUGGUGCCUAAAGCUGCUAAUAAGGCAGUGGUGAUCGGAAGUUCAAGGUUCAGAAGCAGAGGGCGGAUUCCGGUGCUUUCUUACUUAUAUAAAGAAAACAAUGCUGCCAUAUGUCGUUGUAGCCAGCCUCUCUCCGGGUUCAGUGCGCGCUGUCUGGAGGAUGAACAAAUGCUGCAGGCCAUCAGAGAAGCCAACCCUGGGAGCCCCUUCAUGUAUGUUGUAGACACAAGGCCAAAGUUAAAUGCCAUGGCCAACCGAGCUGCUGGGAAGGGUUAUGAGAAUGAAGAUAAUUAUGAUAACAUUCGCUUUAAAUUUAUUGGCAUAGAAAACAUCCAUGUGAUGCGGAACAGCUUGCAGAAACUCCUGGAAGUGUGUGAAACGAAGUCCCCCUCCAUGAGCGAUUUCCUCACUGGGCUGGAGAACUCAGGUUGGUUACGGCACAUUAAGGCUGUGAUGGAUGCAGGUGUCUUUCUUGCCAAGGCUGUGAAAGAUGAAAAGGCUAGCGUGUUAGUCCACUGCUCCGAUGGGUGGGAUCGCACAGCGCAGGUCUGCUCCCUGGCUAGCCUCCUCUUAGAUCCAUUUUAUAGGACUUUUAAAGGCUUCAUGAUUCUAAUAGAAAAGGAGUGGAUUGCAAUGGGCCACAAGUUCUCACACAGGUGCGGCCAUUUGGAUGGUGACCCCAAAGAAGUCUCCCCUGUCUUCACUCAGUUCGUUGAAUGUGUCUGGCAGCUCAUGCAGCAGUUCCCGUGCACAUUUGAGUUUAAUGAGCGUUUCCUUCUUGAAAUCCACGACCAUGUCUACUCCUGCCAGUUUGGGAACUUCCUUGGCACCUGCCAUAAGGAGCGUGAGGAUCUGAAAAUCUUUGAGAAGACCCAUUCUCUAUGGCCUUUCCUCUUGCAGAAGAAGCAGGAAUUGAGAAAUCCUUUGUACAGAGGAUUUACAGCUUACAAAGAGCUUCAACCAAACACACUACCUUUCAGUUUCCAGUUUUGGUGUGGGAUGUAUAAUCGCUUUGACAAGGGAAUGCAUCCAAAGCAGUGUGUAUUGGAUCAUCUGCUAAGCUGUGUGAGCCAAAAGAUGAAACUGGAGGACAAUGCAUCUGAACUGGAAAAUAAACUUCCCUUCCUUGAUGGUCCUUUGCCCAGUGAAGCUUGCUCCUUAUCUAAAGUAGGAUACGCUGCUUCAAAAACACCGAUGCUCAACACUCCUCAGGAUUAUGAAGUGGAACCCCCUCCUGCGUUAAGCAACGGCGCCUCAGCAGGGGAUGUAGAUGUUGUGUCAGAUGUGGACCGAAAGCACAAGGAGAACCUGUUGCAUCACCAGGGCCUCCACGAUCUUAGUGACGCCAUUGAUGUUUUGGACUCCAAAGCCAAGGAGGGAAAGCUGCAGCACCACUGA